AUGACUGAUAUUUUCGCCGUUUUGUGUCUCUCUGUGACACUUUUCUUACGUCACUCCUUAGUUCAUGCCGAUUCCAACGGUUACUACGGGUAUAAUCCGUCGGUUGCAAACUACCUGCCGGAGAAACCUCAGAACGUCAUGAAUCCGGUGGACUCGUGUUGGCGGCUCAAGUCUAACUGGACCUCCAACCGAAAAGACCUAGCAGAUUGCGCGGUUGGAUUCGGUUCAUCUGCCUUGGGCGGCAAGAAAGGUAAUAUAUAUGUUGUCACAAACCCUAACGACAAUGCACAAAACCCUCAACCGGGUUCUCUGCGGUACGGAGUGAUCCAAGACAAGCCACUGUGGAUCAUUUUCGCCAAGGAUAUGGUCAUAACCUUAGAGAAUGAGCUCAUGGUCAAUAGCUAUAAGACCAUAGAUGGGAGAGGGGCAAAAGUGGAGAUUGCGUACGGUCCUUGCAUUACGAUACAAGACGUAACGAACGUAAUCGUGCACGGGAUCAGCAUUCACGACUGUAAACCGGGAAAGUACGGGAUGGUGAGGAUCAGCCCGACUCACCUCAGCCACCGUAGGGGAUCGGACGGUGAUGCGAUCGCGGUUUUCCGGUCGUCCAAUAUAUGGAUCGAUCACUGUUACCUAGCGAGUUGUACGGACGGACUGAUCGAUGUGAUCCAUGCUUCCACAGGAAUCACCAUUUCCAACAACUAUUUCACCCAGCAUGUUAAAGUGAUGUUGCUUGGACACAACGAUGAUUUCGUGCAAGAUGUGACCAUGAAAGUGACGGUGGCAUUCAAUCAUUUUGGACCAGGACUUGUGGAGAGAAUGCCAAGGGUAAGACGAGGGUAUGCUCAUGUGGCAAACAAUAGAUACGAUAAAUGGAGAAUGUAUGCAAUUGGUGGUAGUGCCGAUCCCACCAUUUUCAGUGAAGGCAACUAUUUCAUUGCUUCUGAUAAAUCUAACAGUAAAGAGGUGACGAAGAGAGAAGUGAAAGGAGGGUGGAACAAUUGGAGAUGGAGAACUUCAAAAGACGUUUUCAAGAACGGAGCUUACUUCGUACCUUCGGGUUAUGGCAGCAUUGAGCUCCCGUAUAGUUCUGCUCAGCGAUUUCCAGUCGCCCCGGGAAACAUGGUUCCUUCUCUGACCGCAGACGCUGGCCCUCUAACCUGCAACCACAACCACCCUUGUUAUUAG